AUGGGCUAUAGCAAGAUAUAUAAUUCUCAUCCAAAGAAGUAUGGGCAAGGAAGUCGUUGUUGCCGUGUUUGUUACAACCAGCAUGGUUUGAUCAGGAAGUAUUCCUUAAACAUUUGUAGACAGUGCUUCCGAGAACGUGCAGAGAUUAUUGGCUUUAUGAAGUAUAAGUAA